AUGCCGCCGUUCAAGGAUGAGCAUGUGCUCAUCAUUGCACCAGGUUCGCAAAUCACAGCGGCGCAACUUGGCUUGCCCGAGUCCUUCACCCCUCCACGAUAUCGUUUUCCCACUCGCAUGUUCCCGGGAACCAAGCCUGAUGAAUGGGAACCCGUCAAAAUUCGCCCGAAACCCACGCCCCUCCCAGGCCCUGCGGAACCUACGAGCAGCGGAGAACCGGGCGAUACUGACCAGCCAAAUGGACAAGCAACAAACGGCGAUUUGCCCAGCAGCGAACAAGCCAACGGCCACCCGGUGCCUUCUGAAGAUGUAGAGAUGAAAGAGGCGCCAGCGGGAGAAGAGACUACAGCCGCUACAAACCCAGCCUCAGAAGCACCCCCCAAGGAUACACCGCAACAAGAAGCCUCACAGCAAGACGUCCCACCGGACGCUCCACCAGAUGCAGACGAUGAGACGACGGAAACGUUCGAAGACGAUCUUUGGUCUACUGAAGGCGCCGUCUAUCCCAUUCGCGAAGGUCGGAUAGAGAAUUGGUCUUGCUUCUUCGCUCUACUAUCACACAUCUACAAUAUGAUGUCUCCUCCGUUCCACAUGCCGGUUCUUUUUGUCGCACAGCCGUGCUGGACCAGUAGAGAUCACGAGAGGAUUACUCAAUUUGUUUUCGAAACUUGGAAGGUUCCUGCCUUUUGUCUCAUGGAUGCCGCGCUGACGGCUUGUUAUGCCUACGGGGUUCCGACGGCCUUGGUAGUCGAUGUCGGCCAUGGAAAAUGUGACGUGACGGCGGUGACAGACUUUCAGGUCAAUGACAUUGGUCGUGGCAUCGCCAUACCAGAUUGCGGUGGUCAUGCCAUGACCAAGCGGUUGCAGCAGGUACUGGAAAGUGAUGCCUUUACCGAAGACAUGGCAGAGCAGUUGAAGAGGAGCCCUAUCUGCGAGAUCCUCCCUACGGGAGUAGAGGUUCCCCAAGGGAUUUCCAAUGAUGCAGCUCCCAACCCUGCCGCUGCCGCUUCCACCGGAGCACUGGAUUCGGGUAUCAAUGCCAAAGAUGUUGACGGCCUACGACCUGGUCAAGCACCGAGAGGCCCUGGGAUAGGUACCAUGGUCGGUGAAGAGGGGCUAAACGGUAACGAAGAGGAAAACGAUGGUGUUCUCGACGUCGCUGCUAUUGUUGCGCGGGACAACGCGGCUGAAUUACUCGCAAGGCGUGAAAAGGAGAAGGCUGAGAAGGCUGCGGCGAAGAAAGGAGCUGCAGCUGAUGGCCUCAAAAUAGUCCGGCUGAGGAACUCGGAGAGGGAACGGGCUUCAUUCACAUACGUGGACUUCCUGCCAAUCGAGGAACCCGCAACGACCGACGGUGAGCAGAAAGGUCGAAAGAGAAAGCGCGAGAUCGAGGUUGGCGUGGAACGAUUCAUGGCUGGCACACCACUUCCAGGGGUGGGAGAGGGAGUGAUUGACACUAUCGCGGAGGCGAUCCAUCACGCCGUUCUGAGCGUCCCCGACAUAGCUCUGAGGUCGACGCUGUGGGAGAAUCUGAUCAUUCUCGGCAAUGGAAGCCGCAUCAGAGGCUUUACUCCAUCCUUACUAUCCGUCCUCCAUACCCGAUACGUCCUCUCACCCUCCACUGCAACCAUUUUCACCUCGGAGCUUCCUUCGAAUUUCACAACCCCUGUUGCCACGCCUGGCACGAAUACACCUAUUCCCGGACAAGGUGGCCACACUCUACACCACCCGGGCCCUCACGGGGUCAAUCCUCUCUUGGUAGCGGCGACCAAGAAUAUGAUGCAACCCAAUCAACAUCUGCCAGUCCCUGGGCAACCUGGCUCCGUCCUAGAUCCUGGCAUACACCACAUACACCGAGGCUUCAGCCAGACUCCGAAUUCCAUCAAGAUGGUCAAGGCGCCUGAUUACUUCCCCGAAUGGAAGGAUCCAAGUGUACAUGGCAUGGAGGAGGCGGGUUUCCUGGGAGCACAGGUGGCGGCGAAGGUGGUGUUCAUUGUUGACCAAGGGAAUAGUAAAGGUUUCCUGACGAGAAGUGAGUACAACGAACUCGGACCGACGGGCAUCCAUGACUGCGCCAUCUAG